GCGACAAACCCGGAAGCGAGCGGCGCUGAACGAGGAGCGCGCGAGAAAUGGGCGGUCAGGUGUCGUCAGUGGACGGCGUGCACGUCGUAGUUGUGGGCGGAGGCUUUGGAGGCGUGGCGGCGGCUCAGCAGCUGAAAUCUCAGGCCCUGAACUUCACCCUGAUCGACAUGAGAGACGCUUUUCAUCACAACGUGGCGUCGCUGCGAGCUUCGGUGCAGCCGGGCUUCGCUCGGAGAACCUUCAUCCCGUUCGCUGACACGUUCGGAGACAGUUUUGUUCAAGGUCGAGUGGAACGAGUCGACAUCAACAGACAGACGGUCGUCCUGCAGGGGGGGAGGGAAGUCCAGUUCUCCCACCUCAUCCUCUGCACCGGCACUGACGGACCGUUUCCUGGGAAGUUUAACACGGAGGCGUCGUAUCAAAGCAGCGUUCAGACUUACGAGGACUUCACUAAGCAGGUCCAGGCUGCAGACUCGGUGGUGGUGGUGGGGGGGGGGUCGACUGGUGUGGAGAUGGCUGCUGAGAUCAAGACGGAGCAUCCAGAGAAGAAGGUGGUUCUGAUUCACUCCAGGAUCGCUCUGGCCGACCCUGAGCUGCUGCCCAGCGUCCGACAUCAGGCCAAAGAAGUUCUGCUGCAGAAAGGAGUGGAGCUGCUG